CCCCCCUGAGGAGUGAAGAACCCAACCCACCCAUGAUCCACGACCAACCCAUCUGAAAAACUUGAACAAGAGAUCUUACAAAAGCUAGGACAAUUGCCCAAAGCUGGGAGAAACGAAGCAAAAGCCAUGACCCAACUUCUAAACCUUAGCCUUCCCAGCAAAACCCCAGCUUUACCUUCACAUAUUUCCUCAACACCAACUUCUUCAUCCCGCCAUCAAACUUUUGCUGCUUUGAGUCGCCAAUUGCGUUGCAAUGGAAGAUUUUCUUGCCUUUUCUCAGAUAAUCGUAAACAGGAUCAAGCUAGGAAAGCCUUAGAAAGUGCACUUGGUGGAAACAAGGAAAAAUUCGAGAAAUGGGACCAAGAAAUUAAGAAGAGAGAAGAAGUUGGCGGAGGAGGAGGUAAUGGCGGUGGUGGAGGAUGGUUUGGUUGGGGUGGACGAUUUGGGUGGUGGAAUGAUGAUAACUUUUGGCAAGAAGCACAACAAGGUAGUCUUGCUGUAUUGGGUCUCCUCGUUUUGUACCUUGUAGCUGCCAAAGGAGACCAAUUGCUGGCUGUAAUCGUCAAUCCCCUUCUAUUUGGCUUGCGAAGUACAAGAAACAGCCUCAGUUAUGUUACAUCAUUGAUUACUGGAAAAGUAUACAUGGGCAAUGAUGCACAGUACGAAGAAAUGAAACUCGAGGCGGCCCAAAGUAGUGCUAAAGAGAAUGUUAUGAAGAAAUGGGGUUCUGAUUGACGAUUUUGCUUUUCAAGGAGAGAGCAAGUAGAUGUGUACAAUCGUUUCGGAGCGUAAUCUUGCAUGCCAUGAAGUGUCUGUAUUACAUACAGUAUAUGCAUGCCAUUUUUUUUUUGUUAUAGGAGAUUAUGGACCUUCUUUAUUAACAUAAUUUUAAUACAGGGGUAAGGAUAAUGGGGCUCCAUCUAUUAUGCCCUGGUCUUAAGAA